AUGGCUAGAGCUGAUGCUUUUGAGCAACAUUUAGAGGAACAAAACUCGAUUGAUCAACAAAAUGAGCUUGAGGGGUAUAAUUCUAGUAAGUGUGUUAAAAGGGAUCCUAACUUUGACAUUCUUGUGUGGUGGAAACGCAAUUCAGCCGAAUAUCCUAUUAUAUCUACAAUGGCUAAAGAUAUUUUAGCCACACCAGUUUCUACCGUUGCUUCCGAAAGUGAUUUUAGCACAGGAGGGAGGGUCAUAGAAACCUAUAGGAGCUCUCUAACUGCUGAAAUGGCAGAAGCUUUAAUUUGCACCCAGAAUUGGUUAAGGCCUUCUUUAACCUAUUUCAAAGAUAUGAACCUCAUGGAAGAUUUUGAGCUUUCAGAAGAUAUUGUAACAGAGUUUCAACAAAUGUCUUCAGCAGCAAGGGGAGGAUCAGGUGUCUCAUCAUCACAGCCUCAGCCACAACCUUUUGGUUGUGCUUGA